AUGUUGUACAAGCGACUCUUUUUAUUACUAUAUAUUCGCGCACUUAAAUGUACAGGUCACGCUCUGCACGGUGGAUCUACACAUGAGAUGGCUAGAUUAAGGCUUCGUCGUACGAAUCAAAAUGCAGGAAAUUACUCAGCCUUGUUUAUAUCCCCAGUACUCGCAAAUGCUGCGAAUCAAAGUGUAACAUACCCGGCAAACGCGCAACAGACCGAUCCAAAUCCAGAAGUACCCGGGCCGAAGAACGAGGGCUUUUUCCUUGGUCGUAAGCAAUGCUAUUCCUUGGCGCUCCAUCUCAAAUGUUGUAUCGAGGCGAUGGAGCGGAGACGAAAUGUAAAGGAACGAUCCGUUGCCUUCCUUGCCGGCCAAUGA